GGCCACUGGCCACUGGCCAUGCCUCUGGCGCCUGCCAGUAAUAGCACUCCAACGACACUCCAGCCUUAGCGUUGCUGGCUGUCUGUCUGGCUUGCCUCGUUUGUCUCCUGCAACCCAUCCCAACGUCGACGACCACAGGUCAGGUCUCUGGACCAGUGCGAAGCAAGCCAGGCUGGCUGUACAUGAAAACACACACACACACACAUUCACACGCACAUCCUCGUCACUCGUUUAAGCGCCGUCCUCGAGACGGACCACGACGCAGGGCUGGCUUCGGGCCUGGCGUUCUCUGCCCCCGUCUUCAGCGCCCUCGGCUCCCAAGCCCCCCUGAACGGACCGAGAUAUAUCUGUGCCCAGCAACUGCACAGCAACAACUGUCGUUGACGCCCUGGCUUGUUCUCCUUCGCUUCGCUUUCGCUUCGCUUUGUCUGCCUCGCUCUGCUCUGCUCUGCUCCGCCCCGGGUCCUGUUCCUGCUCCUCCUCCUGCUCCUGCUCAUACAUGACCUCUCUCUCUCACACACAAACGCACACACGCACACGCACGACCCCGUUCCUUUGCCGCCGUCCCGAUCGGCCCGUCCCACUUGGAGGGCUGUACUGUGUGUGCUGUACGGAGUAGUGGGCUCUUCGCGUCUCAACUCGAGUGCCGUGUCACCCACGCCGGGUCCUUGUGACAGGCCGAUCAUCUGCGACGUCAUUCUGGUAACUUGCUUGUGGCCGCCGACACAUUGGAAGCUGCUACCCACCGCACUUCGGCAGCUUGGCUCUCUAGAUGCUCGUCGGGCCUGUCUUGCUCGUUCAAAACCCAGCCAGUGCCAUGCCAAGCCUCACAAGAUACCCCCUUUCACCACGUCCGCCCCCUCGCUCUCACCAACUCGAACAUGGCGCCCUGGCCCUCCCGACUCAACGACCCUCUCCCGCUUCCGCCCUCGCGGGAGCCUCCCCUGCCUCCCCUGCCUCGCCCGGAACAAGACGAUGUCCGCAAGCAGCUAUCUAGACCUCCGGCUCGUAGGCCCGUCCCAGGACCAUCACGACCCAGCGACCCAAACCUCGUGGAUGCUUCGCAGGUCCCCCCAGAUCUGAUACCCACCCUUCCUGCUGACCAUCGCGCCGCCCCCAACCCAAGGCCAUCGAGCCAUGGCCGCUCCAUGAGCCAUCCCUUCCCGUCUUUGUUUUCCUCCAGGAGGAAAAUGGCCUCAAAGAACCCGGUCCCCGACGAUUUCGACUCGGACUCGGACUCUGAUGCCGAGAUGCUGGGUUUGGGACCUGGCUCCAAGCAGAAAAGGCCUGCGCAGCCUGCGGGGCCGUCAAAGGUAAAUGGUAGGCCCACCAGCGAUAAGGAUUUCGCAUCGGGUUACUGUAUGACAUGUGGUGCCAUGUCGAGAUGGCCUAAGGGGCUCAAGGUCUUCAAGUGCACCCUUUGCAUGACCAUCAACGACCUCUUCGAUAUUAACAGUGUGGUCGACGCGAACAACCAUGCCCCAGGCUACAGACGCGCGUCCGAGGACGCCACUCCCAGCUUGAAGUCGCCAAUAUCACUUGAAGGCACAAAGCGACUCGUGAGGGACUGCCUCAAAAACUACUUGGUUGUGGCGCUGGCAGCUCGGCGCACGUCGGCAGACUCCAGAGAUGGCAGCCGCCCUUUGGAAAUGUACAGAACUUUCAGAGCCGCGGACAAAAUCGAUGCGCCAGUCGUUGGGCGUCAAAAUUUUGGCAGGGACGAGGUGAUUGCGCCAAAGGCUGGCGUAUCGGAUCCAGCUCAUGGGAGUGCUGAGGACCGAAGUGCCCACGUGAAUUUCUCUCGACCGGCGAUGUUUUCGCAAAGGUCCUACUCUUCAUCAUACCCAGAGACGAGACCGGAGUUGGGGGAUCUCGGGAGGCUUUCGAUCGAGCAGAAUGGCAGAUGUGCGGAUCCGGACGGGAAGCGGCUCUUCAGGCCCCUGGAGGACUAUCUCGUCAGCUGUUUCUCGCCACCUCUGACCUGCAUCAACUCGUCCUUUAUGCUGCGGCAGCCGCGCAAUUUCAACCGCCGGGCUCCGCAGCCGUCUAGAAGACGACCCUCGGAGCCCCCGAAGGAAGUUCCACCACAGGAGCAUUCUAUAACCGAACUUGACGCCAAACUGUUGAUGGUCGGGGAUUUUGCCGAGAAUGGCUCGUGGUGGACUGGCCGCAAGGAGAAAGCGGCCCCCAACAGGACACCCUCAUAUCGAAGUGACGAAGACUCGACUGUUACAAGCAGGAGCCCGAACAUCGACUGGGGAGAGGUGGACAAUUGGUACCACAGCAUUAUAAACGCUGGGGAGCGUUGGGCAGAUGUUUACGACGGCCUCGCGCAGACUUUUGUGUUUGAUGAACCCACAGAGCCGGAACUGAAGCAGAUCGAGGAAACCAUUCUUGAAGCACAGGAGCAUCUGCGAAAGACACUCCUCAAAGUCACGGAGAACAUCCUUAAAAGACCCGGAAGACCGCUCAAUAGCCCUGAAGACCUGCGCUUCCUGCUCAUCAUAGCGUUCAACCCACUCCUGCAUGCAUCCUUCCAUAACUUCACAGGGCGCCUAUCACAUACGCACAAUCGCCAAAUCAAUGGCCCAUACACAUCUGGGCCGUUGCGCGGUUCAGGGCCUGUCUCUGGGCAGCAUUCGCCCAUCAUCAAACGCAUACUUGGUCUCGUAUCUAACACACCGGCUGACUGCCACAAUCACCUCGUCUCUUGGUUUGCGAGGCUGCCGGAGCCACGCUUCGUGCAGUUGAAGGACUUUGCUGGGGGAUUCCUGGCUUACAGGCUAAUCCGACAGAAUGAGAAGAAGCACGAGGUCAAAGUGGACGUGACGGCCGGCCUGAUUCCGAACAUGUCUGCUGGACGGUCCCCAGCUACCCUUCAUGCUGCCGUUGGACAGCCACGCCCGUCCAGAUCGAAGAAGCCUAAGGAGCAACCCAAGAUCGUGUACCAUGACGACUGGCAAACCAAGGCUGCUGCUCGUUUCAUUGGUCUUCUCUUUGCCGCAAACAACAACGCACAUCACAGAAGGCAUAUCGCAGGAACCCCGUCUUCACAAGAGGAAGUCUUGAACAGCACGAGCGUUAAGGACCAAGUCCAAGCCAGGGGCCAGAUCGUGCCUACGAGUGAUUUCUACAUCACCUUGCUCGACGACUCGGAUCUUGUCGCGGACUUCGAGGCCUGGGAGCGCAAAAGGAGCAAGUUCUCGUUCUGCCAAUUCCCCUUCCUUCUCAGCAUUGGCGCCAAGAUACAAAUAUUGGAGCAUGACGCCAAACGACAAAUGCAUAACAAAGCGCGAGACGCCUUCUUUGAUAGCAUAUUAAGUCGGAGAAACGUCGAACAGUACUUGACGCUAAACGUGAGACGCGAUUGUCUUGUCGACGACAGCCUGACUGGCGUAAGCGAAGUUAUUGGCGGCGGCGGUGAAGAUAUCAAGAAGGGUCUCCGUAUCGUAUUUGAGGGCGAAGAAGGAGUCGACGCGGGAGGUUUGAAAAAGGAGUGGUUUCUGCUGCUUGUCAGGGAAGUCUUCAACCCAGAUCAUGGGAUGUUCGUCUACGACGAAGACUCGCAGUAUUGCUACUUCAACCCUAACUCAUUCGAGACGUCAGACCAGUUCUUCCUUGUGGGUGUGGUCUUUGGCCUCGCAAUCUACAACUCAACCAUUCUCGAUGUAGCAUUCCCACCAUUUGCUUUCCGCAAGCUCUUGACUGCUGCUCCACCGCCCUCACCAGGUCUUUCGACCCAGCCGAGGCCGGCUAUGGCAUAUACCCUGGACGACCUUGCAGAGUUCCGCCCGCGUCUUGCAAAGGGACUGCGUCAACUGCUCGAUUUCGAUGGCGACGUCGAACCUACGUUCUGCCUUGACUUUGUCAUUGACGUGCACAAGUACGGCUACACCGAGCGAGUAUCCCUCUGCCCCGGUGGAGCCAACCGGCCAGUCAACAAUGCCAAUCGCCGUGAGUAUGUUGACUUGUAUGUCAAGUACCUUCUCGACGCCGCUGUGACCCGUCAGUUUGAGCCUUUCAAGCGUGGUUUUUUCACAGUCUGCGGUGGCAACGCACUUUCCCUCUUUCGGCCAGAGGAGAUCGAACUACUGGUCCGCGGCUCUGACGAGCCAUUGGAUAUCACGUCCCUUCGUGUAUCGGCGGAGUAUGAAAACUGGGGAAACAAAACUGGCAGCCCGGACCAGACGGAGCCAACGCUCAGGUGGUUCUGGGAGUCGUUCGAGCGCGCAUCUCCCAGGGACCAGAGGAGGCUGCUGGCAUUCAUCACCGGUAGCGACCGCAUCCCAGCGAUGGGCGCUGCAUCGCUGACCAUUAGAAUCUCAUGCCUUGGGGAUGACAGUGGCAGAUACCCAACCGCCAGAACCUGUUUUAAUGCGCUGCAGCUAUGGAGGUAUAAUUCUAGGGAGAGGCUGGAGAAGCUGUUGUGGGACUCUGUGCAUGAGAGCGAGGGUUUUGGCCUGAAGUAAUGCCGGGCACAUACGCAUCGGAAUUGGCGUUUUUCAUACGACUUUCUUGGAUCACAGGAGAUGGGGACUGGCCCUGACAAGUGCCAUGGUACUGGGUUCAUAAUGCAUUAUUGGGCGAACACUUUUUGGGUAUGAGUUGUCCUCGAGUCAAACGGAAACGGACACAAAACAGGCGAGAUAGACAGAACUGCUGCAAUGCCUAGAAUCAGAUUCACA